AUGACUUAUGGUUCUACUGCUAGGAAUAAUAUUAUAGCUAUGACCAAUGACAAAAGAAAUGAUCAGAAUGAUAGAACUCAAACUCCCUUAGUUGUCAAUCAAAGUGGUCAUGAAAAGAAUCACUCGCAAGAGAUUCAAAACAAGGAAACUGUUAAGGAUCCUAACAAUAGGAAACAUGUUGAUCAGGCCAUCAUCGAAACUAGUGUCGAAACUAUUGAAAAACCCACCGGAAUUGCUAUUCCGGUGAACGCCCAAAAUAAUUCGCAAUCCCAAAACGACCCACAUACCAUUACGAAUGACAAAAAUCAAAAAUCCCAAUUUUUAGGCACCCCGAACUCAAAUUCUAAAAUUCCAACUUGCACAAAUAGGGCCGAAAACAGUCUUCUCGUGCCCGAAUCUGUUUUGGUUGAUUGUAUCACCACCCCAAGCAAUCCUAGCACUUCCACUAAUCCCAAACGUACCAACCAUCCUCCCGUUUCAGAAUUCCCUCCCAUUUCAUCCAAUUUCCAAAAAUUCAACUCGAAAAACUCUAAAAAUCCGGUAGUGUCCUUAACCCCCACCGCGCUACCUCCUAAGACUAAGCCCCCUACCAACCAACCCACCACCACAAACCACCCUCCACCCCCUAUAGCAAAGCAAUCCAUGGCUACAAGACUAAGAGCCAAACAAGCUGAGCCUACAACCAGAAUUGACCUAACACCCCCAAAAAGGGUGACAAAACAAGGUUGUCCGGCUAUCAUGUUUAAGAGAGAAGAUUACAUGAUUAAGAUGGCUGAAUCAUGUAAGUAUACUCUCGUAGGCAAAUUUUACAGCCCAAUGCCAAAGAUGGAGGUACCACUAGCAGAAACCACCACCUCAACUCAAGAAGGAAGCCGCAAGGCUAAGGAGCAAUCAACCAAUCAAAACAGGAAUGAAGUUUCAAACGACCAAUGGGAAACCCAAAAGCGAAGAAAAUUCAAAGCUGAUGGAGGUGAGGAUGGUAUUCAGGAGAAGCCAACUAACCUGCAGGAUGGGGUGUCCAGAGGGGGGGUUUUGUCUCAUGUUUUGCGUGAGAAUUUUUUGAUUGACCCUAGGAAUGACUUUAGAGCCCCUGCUACCACUACAAAUAUGUUUCAGCAUCCUUCUUCCCAGCAAAGUGACAAAAUGGACCUUAUUAAUGCUCAAAGAAUGGCUUCCAAACUGACCCAUACUGUGAGUGCAGAUGUGGGAGCAAAUCAGCCCCCAAAACAACUUCAACAGGUUGUUCAGAUGCAUGAUUUCAGACCUGCUGGUACUGCUAUUGAAUUUGGUCAAAUUGCAGCUUCAGGUUUGGGAGGUUAUUCAGCCCAUAUGCAGUCUCAAAAACUGCAGGUUUUGGGGCAGGCCUCAACUGCAGAUUUGGAGGAAAAUUUGCAGCACCAAAGGCAAAGUUUUGGUCACAUUGAGAGGGCUGAAAAUGACCAAGCUACUGGCUGCAGUUUCAGUACAAUCUUAAGUGACCAAGUGUCUAGUCCUUGCUCCCACCAAGUGCAAGAUUCAAACUCCAAACAACAAGACACUUACAACAUUAAUGAUAUGAAAUUCUCAGCUACCCCUAGCAACUCUAAUCAGCCUGCUACCUCUAAAACUCUAAGGAGAAAGAGAGCUAGAAAGAAGAAACUAGAAAAGCAACAAGAAGUUGCAGCCUCCACCCCUACAACCACUAUUCAUACAAGUGAAAAAGAUAACAAUGAUGAGGUGGUUUCAAGCUCUUGCUCACAGUAUGUUCUCCUAGAUCAGACGACUCCAAUAAGAAGUCCAGAUUUUGGUUGUGAAGAUCCCCUUAAUCUUACCCCUUUGAAUAUUCAGCCAGCUCCUUUUAUGCAACCUGAAAAUGCCACCAACAUCCUACGCACUAACAAUGAGGAUCAAACUUCAACUCCUGCUAGUGAUGAUGAAUAUAGUGUUAUUCAUUCGGAGGAUGAAUAUGACCAAGACUUUCAAGGUGAGGUUGAAUUUGAGGAUGAAGGAGAGACUACUGAACAGUCCAUUAAAAUAGCUGCUCCAUCCAAGACCACUACUAAGGUCAUGAAUGACGAGAUGAACCAACUAGCUAGUGAGCAAGGCUUAUCACCUAGAGGCAUUUAUCAUAAUUCAAAAUUUACAACUAUUCGUGCUUCUAUUAGCAGACCAAACACUAGGCUCCACAACCUUAGAUCCCAUCAAUGA